AUGGAAGGAGAUAUUUCAGUAAAUGAACAUCAUAGGAAUGUCAUUGAUAGCUAUAUAGAAUUUAUGGGUCACCAAAAAAAACAAUCUAUUAUAUUAAUUAAAAAAGCGUUUGAAGAAGUCAUCAAAACAAAUUUAUUAGAUGAAACGUACACAAGAGAAGAAGUGAAGAAUAUAUUAAGCAACUUAGAAAAAACAAUGACAAAUGAAAUAAAGUGUGAAUUAUCUGCAUAUACAAGCACCAAUCUCCUAAUGAUGUAUCAAUUUUUUCAACAAGCUGAAAAAUGGCAUUUAAGGCUCAACGUAGAUAUAUCUGAAAUACAAAACAAAGAAUUGUUACAAGAGAUGGAAACAAUAGAAACUAGUUAUUACGUAAUGAACCGAACAUUAGAAAAAAAGAAGCUUUUAGGUACUCCUGAUCACAUUACAAAUGAUUUUGCUAAUGUGUUGCAAAAAAGAUUAAAUCAGCUAGAAACCCAUAAUUCUAAAUUGGAAGCAGAUUUAAAAACUUUAGAAGACAAUUGUAAUAAAUUGAAUAAUGAAAAAGAAGCAAUGAAAUUACUUAUCGAAAAAGAAGACAAACAAGGAGAUCCACAAAAAAAUUUAGUCGAAAUUGAAGUACAAACUCAAAAUACUUUUGACGAAAAUACUAACAAUCACGAUGAAUGUAAAACAACAGUAAAUCAAUUAGAAAAUGAAUUGUUAAUUGCGCAAUCACAAUUAACACUAACAAAUUUGGAGUUGGACAGAAAAUUUAAUGAUACUGCUGCAUACAUCAACAUGAAGAAUAUAAUUACCAAAAAAAACGAACAGGUUCGAGAACUAAGAGAUCGGUUGCUUAUUUACGAAAAAGAAGACAACCAAGAUAAUGUUGUAUGA